CUCCUUCCUUUCCCCACUCAUCCUUCUUCUUCUUAUUCUUUCUCUUUCUCUUCUUCUUCCUCUCCGGAUCUGGGUUUGAGAAAACCAGUCAAGCUAUUUUUCUGUAAAUCUUUUUAAACAAACCGUAGCAUUUCUUCCAGUAAUUUCACAAUUUCGCUUCCUUCCCACAGUUCUAAGCACGAAAUUCAUAUUCUUGGUGAUUGGUUUGACCAAUUUGGAAGUUUGGGAUGAAAGCCUACAUGAGCCCACCGGUGGCUCAGAAAGCUGCUGCUCCUGGAAUUGCAUAUUUUCACAUCCCAUUGCCUGAAUUUGCCAGUUUUGACUCGUCAAACUUCACUGGAGUAAAACAGGAGGCGGGCAUUAGCUCUGCAUCUGUGAACUCAGGCUUCUUCACAACCAUGGUUGAGGCAAAGGAUGUGAAAGCUGUUUUUACUGGUCAUGAUCAUCUCAAUGACUUCUGUGGUGAGUUGACUGGCAUACAACUUUGUUAUGCUGGAGGUUUUGGAUACCAUGCCUAUGGGAAAGCUGGAUGGCCAAGGAGAGCAAGGGUGGUGGUAGCAUCUUUAGAGAAGACUGAAGAGGGUACUUGGGGAGCUGUUAAGUCCAUCAAGACAUGGAAGCGCCUUGAUGAUGAACAUCUCUCAACUAUAGAUGAUCAGGUCCUUUGGAGUAAGAGCUCUGCAGGUAAGCUAAACUAUAACUUUUCUCACUCUUUGUGUUAACUAGUCUUAUUCAUAUAGAAGGUUGGAAUUACAAAGGAACAUCUUUGUAGUGGUUUUUAAAUUGUGUAAUACAGCCAACUAAACAGCAGGCCAUGUAAUGGUAUCCUGCUUGAUCAGUUCUUCUGAGUGCGUGUGUGUGUGUGUGUGUGUAUGGAUGUAUCAUGGAAUAAAUUUUUUUUUUCUCU